AUGGCAGGGGCCGGAAUACCACCGUUGAUCGUCGGCAUGCUGCGGGAAAAGGCGAAGGCGACAGAGUUUUGGGACUCGGCUGACACGAUAUUCACAAGUGUGGGGAAAGUAGAAGCAGGGACGGAAGCGGCGGCGACGGUCGUGGGGAAGGCUUCGGACACUGGGACGAAGGCCUACCACGUUCUUCCCCACUUCUUCGAAGUGGAUCUCGUUAUUGAGAUUUUUCCGUCUCUGACGAGGGCGGAGGGGUCGGGAGGAAGCAAACGUCAUGCAGGAUCUGCCCCGGUUGAUCACCCACCCCCCCCUCACCGGAGCAAGCCUCCGGAAGUACUCGGGCUUCGUCACCCAG